AAACCAAGGAAAAGGGCCAAAACACCAAAGUCACUCCUUUUCUUCUACAUUUAUACUAGCGACUUUCAAGUUUCUCAACUCUGUCUGUGGAACACUUUUGGGAGAUGGAAAACAACAAACAAACAAACGAAAAAUUUGAUUACUUGGGUUUUUAACUCAAUAAACACAGUUCCUCGUAGAUAAAUUUUCAGUUUUUUCUUUUAAAGCAAAGCAAAGCAAAGGUUUGUCCUUUUUAGCUUUUCUUUUUUGGGUACUGUUUCUCAGCUCUGAGACAGCCAUGGCGGAAACCGGGCCGGUACGGUUCACUGGAAAUUACCUAGACCCGUCUGCACAAGAAUUUUGGCCCGCCCAAAACACACUAUUCCAACCCCAAAUUCCUCUCUUCAGACCGUCCCAACUUUACUACCCCUACGCUGCACCCUUAACGUUGUCGUUUUCUGGUGGUGGCGUAGCACAGUUCCAUGUGGCGGUACCUGUACCUGCACCUUUGCCAGCAGCGUACGUUACAGAUUCCACGAUGGUUUUACCCGAACCGCCGCUUUCUCUUCCGCCCCCUGCUGCGACGGCGACGAGGGCUUUAGUGUUGACGUCCGUUCCAUGCGAUGUGAGCGAGUGUAAAGUGAGGGAAGAACUGGAAGUGUUCGGGGAAAUACGCGGGGUCCAGAUGGAAAGGGUGGGAGAAGGAAUCGUGACGGUUCAUUUCUAUGAUGUGAGACAUGCGGAGCGAGCGUUGAAUGAAAUACGAGAGCAGCACAUGCAACAAGAAGCCAGGGGUGGUGCAGCCGGGUCCGAACCAGGGGAGACCAACGCCUAUACUCCUGAGCCUGGACUGAUAUCGAGGAGAGCUGUUUGGGCCCACUUUAUUAUUCCGGCCACUAAUGCUUUGCCUGACGGGAAUAAUCAAGGAACUCUUGUAGUUUUCAAUCUGGACCCCGGUGUUUCCACUUCUAAACUCAAAGAAAUUUUCCAAGCUUAUGGUCCCGUGAAGGAACUGAGAGAAACGCCGUUGAAGAAGCACCAAAAGUUCUUGGAGUUUUAUGAUGUAAGAGAUGCGGCUAAAGCCUUACGAGAAAUGAAUGGAAAAGAAAUCAAUGGGAAGCAAGUUGUCAUUGAAUUCAGUCGACCCGGAGGGUAUAACAGCAAGUUCUUCAAUGCUAAUAUUGCCAACCAUGUUAAGCCUUUCAAACCUUGCACUCCCAAUAUUUCAUUCACUGCCAGUAAAUAUAAUCACCCUUCUUCUUCACCGUCGUUAACUUGUAGAUUCUCCGGUUCCGGUAGAUAUUCUGCCAACAUACCUCCUCGUUCUUUUCUUUCUCGAAGCCAAUCCCCUACCGAGAACCUGUCUGAUUCUCGCAAGGGAAGCCCUAAUGAGAUUAAGGAAAGCAAGAAGAGUUCAGUUGCAACGGCGGUCGUUGGUGGUGGAGCAGCUGCAAACAAGGUUGCGAAGAACCAAAACAACCAGUCCCCACAGAGGAUUAGCAACGGGGUUAAGCAGCAGCAAUGUAGGGGAAGGCCAUGGAAAGGCAAACAAGGGAGGAAAUUUGAUCCUCGUUUCUUAAUAAGCGAAGAUGCUAUGGCGGAAUCGAACUGUAAAGAUUCAAGGACUACCGUCAUGAUUAAGAACAUACCCAAUAAAUAUAGUCAGCAGUUGUUGUUGAACAUGCUUGACAAUCACUGUAUUCACUGCAACGAGCAAAUUGUCGACGCCGGCGAUGAUCAGCCUUUAUCUUCUUACGAUUUCGUCUACCUCCCCAUUGAUUUCAACAACAAGUGUAAUGUGGGAUAUGGAUUUGUGAACAUGACAUCCCCGCAAGCAACUUGGAGAUUUUACAAGGCCUUCCACCAUCAACAUUGGGAAGUUUUCAACUCAAGAAAAAUCUGUGAAGUCACUUAUGCCAGAGUUCAGGGAUUGCAGGCGUUGAAAGAACAUUUUAGAAACUCAAAGUUCCCAUGCGAAAUGGAUCACUAUCUUCCAGUAGUUUUUGAGCCGCCUCGAGACGGGAAACAACUGACUGAGCCACUUCCACUUCCUGUAGUUGGUGAAAAGCAGAAGUCCAUCGGUGGUCCCUCGCCAAAACCCAAUGAAAAACAAGAUGAUUACGAUGAACAUAGCGAUAGCGUCGAUGAGUGUCAUAAUGAUACAUCGCUUGAGGAUGGAGGUGGUGCAAGUUCGUACGGUGGAGAAAAUAAUGCCAUCAUCAAUCACUUCAACUAGUGUGCUCCAGUUGACCAGUAGGAGGGGGAAGUUCACAGUAACAGCGUCAGCCAAAGGCCAAACGACGGCGAUGUUGGUUCAUGAUCAAAGAAAGAAUCAUUGCUCUUAUGGCCUGAACAGUGACACCCUGAACAGAAAUUAUAUAUAUUUUUUGUGACUUACUACUAGUAGUACUACUUUGCAUGGACAAGAGUCAUGGAAAAUUUGAAUGAAAUAGAAUAUAAUAUUCGUUUUUGAUGCAA